AUGAUCGUGUUCUGCGUUACACUGCUUCUCCUUCAUCAAGGAUAUGCUCUGGUUCCAGUGACCACAGUUCAACUUGGUGAAUCUGUGACCUUCUCAUGUGUUCUGCCUUUAGAUGACCUGAGCAGUAAACGUCUUUACUGGUACAAGCAGAGUGUCGGAGAUGAUCUGAAAUUAAUUGUAACAUUUAGGAAACAUAUAAACCCUGUGUUCGGACCAGAGUUUUCUGACUCUAGACUGGAUCUGAAAGUUGAGAAGAAUAUUAGUAAACUGACCAUUUUGAGAACAACUGAAGAAGACGAUGGAAUGUAUCACUGUGCAGUCAUAGAGUGGACUGAGAAUUUUUGGAGUGGAACCUAUUUAUCAUUAAAAGGAAACAGUCAGAGGACAUUGAACUACACUGUUGUUCAGCAGCCGACAGCCUCUGAUCCAGUCCGUCCAGGAGACUUGAAGACUCUCCAGUGUUCAGUCCUCUCUGACUCUGAGACUAAAACAUGUCCAGGAGAUCACAAUGUGUUCUGGUUCAGAGUCGGAUCAGAUAAAUCUCAUCCGAACAUCCUCUACACUGAUGGAAACAGACGCGAUGAAUGUGAAGACAGAUCUGACACUCAGAAAAGCUGCGUUCAUCACUUCUCUAAGAAGGUCAGCUCCUCUGAUGCUGGAACUUACUACUGUGCUGUGGCCACAUGUGGAGAGAUUCUGUUUGGAAAUGGACCUAAAGUGGAAUUUGAAGAUGAUUUUUCAGCAACCAGUUCCUCGGAACCGUUACUUGUUUUUCUGCUGUGUGCUGCCUUGGCUAGUCUGGCUGUUGGAGCCUUCCUCCUUUACGGAUGCACAGAUGAUCUGAACUUUGAGAUGAUGACUGUUGAAGUCGGACAUGAUGUGACUCUGACUUGUGUCCGUCACGACUCUUUGCUUUCAACAUUUAAUUUGUUUUGGAUCCGGCUGGUUUCUGGAAACAUGCCUGAGUUGUUGGGAGGAACACACAGCUUUGAUUUUGAUGGUGUGAACAAAACUCCUCGUAUUACAGCAAAACAAGGCGAUGGAACAUUUCUUCUGCAUAUUAGUGAAGCACAGUUAAGUGAUACUGGACUUUACUACUGUGUAACAGUGAAGAACCUCCACAUGACAUUUGUGGAAGGAACAUUUCUAAGAAUUAAAGGACCAGAACCUGAUGUCACCGCUGUCAUUCAACUCCCUCCAUCUGAUCCGGUCCGUCCAGGAGACUCAGUGACUCUGCAGUGUUCAGUCCUCUCUGACUCCCAGAACAAACCGUGUCCAGGAAAUCACAGUGUGUUCUGGUUCAGAGCCGGAUCAGAUGAAUCUGAGCCCAGUUUCAUUUACGCUCAUGGAAACAGUGGUGCUGAAUGUGAGACAAGUCUCGAGGCUCGAUCUCCACAGAAAUGUGUCUACAGCUUCUCUAAGAACGUCAGCUCCUCUGAUGCUGGGACUUAUUACUGCGCUGUGGCCACAUGUGGAGAGAUUCUGUUUGGAAAUGGAACAAAACUGGACAUUGAAGGACUCAGUAUGGCUGAUGCUCUUGUUUAUCUGCUGUGUGCUGUCUUGGCUAUAAGUCUGGUUGUUGUAGCCUUCCUCAUUUACCUUUUCAUAGCUGCUGUUGCCGGGCAGAAAAUCAGUGGUGGUCAAAAAAGUCAACAGACAGAUGUGGACAUGAGACUUUAUUCUGCGGCUGUUUUCACCGUGAUGAAAACUGACAGAGGUGUGAUGAAGCAUGCAGAAGCAGCAGAGACAGAGAGGAUCUACUCUGCUGUCAAGACCUUUGGGUUGGAUCAGUGACUUCAAAUGAUGAGUUUGGUUGAUGUCAGUCCAUUUAGAGCUCAGUGGGUUUACAUACAGUAGCUAGUAGAGGCUGUUAGGUAAAGCUUAUAUACACAUUACACCUUACUGAGUGGAAACUACUGCAGACAGGAGUCUCUUUUAUACAAAUGUGCACAGUUAAAAGUUACAUCGCAGGGUAAGUGGGCUGACGUAAGGUUGAAGAUUUGUUGCAUGUCAUGUUUAAUCUCUCCUCAUUCUUCUAAGGUGAAUUCUUAAAGGGCAGCUCCACCAAUGUAACCCAUCUAAUUAUGUUUACAGGUCUCGACUGCAUAUGUGAGAAAAGUCAUCUAAGACCUUUUGAAGCUCCAGAGAAAUUUUACCAGAUGAUUCGCCUCCACUAAUAUCACUCAGUGGCUGUUGCAUUGUGGUAAAUGUAGGCUUAAGGUUUGGAAAUAAAGCGUUUGUACUAAAGACAAAACCAAUAAUCUAAAUCAAUACAAACGUACCGAGGGGGAACACCUCUUUAAUUCCACUCAUUCUUCUUCCUUUUCACAAUACAAUAGCCAGUGAGUGAUAUCACUAGAAGCAGUGUACCAGAUUACAAGCAGCUUCCUCUGGAGCCACAAAGACUCAUGCUACUUCUUUGAAGAUACACGAUAGCACUGCCCUGUAAACACACUUUAAUAUGUAGAAUUGGUGGAAUUACCCUUUAACUUGCAACAUGAGUACAGCGACAGUGAUCAGGUUAUUAGUGAGAGUGGGAAACACUUUAGAUGUAAAAUUUAGAUUGUAAGAUUGAGCAUAAAGUUUGCAGGGAUGCACAGAAAUGAUCCAGUGUACCCUGAUCCAGAACCAGCCAGAGAUCCGAUCAGAUCAGACUGUUGUUCAGUUCUCUGAUUGUUGUUGUACUUUUUCUUGUUAUUGUGCGUUCGGAGACACAACAUGUAACAAACUGCUUCAAUAAAUAUAACACACUGUG